UCUAACAAAUAUUUCUUAUCCUGUAAGUUUAUUUUCUUUACAUGAGUUAGGUUUCUCAUGAAAUUGCUUCAGCACUCAUUCACUUUAAUGUCAUUAAGAGAUCUUUGUGAGCUGCAAAUCUGAUUUGAGUUCAACUUGUGACCUUUUUUAUAUCAUUCAGUUGCUUAUAGAUAUCUUUUCGCCCUCAACGCCUCCCAAGAAAUAGAGUAUCAGAUCAACAACAGCAGACUUCGAGUUCAGUUAUUGUUGAGAGGAUUCAAAAGAGCCUAGUCUGUAAAAGGCGCCUUCUAUUGUACAUCUAUGGGAGAAGAAUCUAUUUUUACUCCAGAUAGACAUUGAUCAAUGAUGAAGAUAGCAAGUAUUUGAUCAUCAUGAUGAACUCAAGAAAGCAAGAAACAGAUGGUGGUGACACCACCAACAGUACUAAAAUAUCAUCAAGGACUAACUCUACUACUACUAGUGCUACUAGUACUACUCCAUCAAGUUCUUCAAGGCAGACAUGGGCAGGGUUUAAAAAUCCAAGAAUUGUACGCGUAUCGCGUACCUUUGGAGGGAAAGAUAGGCACAGUAAGGUGUGUACUGUGAAGGGAUUAAGAGACAGGAGAAUUAGACUUUCAGUGCCAACUGCAAUUCAAUUGUAUGAUCUUCAAGACAGGCUUGGACUAAGCCAACCUAGCAAAGUUGUAGAUUGGUUAAUAGAUGCCGCUAAGCAUGAAAUUGAUAAGCUUCCACCUCUACAAAUGCCACCACCAUCACUUUCUCACUUCUUCAACAUCAAAGAUCAUGGAUUAUCAAAUCAUCAUCAAGAUUUCGUCAAUUCGACUUUGAGAGAAACAGGAUUAUUUGGUAAAGAAAAGUGGAUUGCCACAAAUCAUCAUGAGCAAGAAAGUAGUAGUACUGAUCAUUUCUUUCAGCCUUCCAGUUUACCUACUGCAGGCAUGUUAAACAACAAUGUUAUGGCCUUCAAUAAUAACAAUCCCUUGAUAAGCCAUACUUGGGAACCUAAUUCAAACUUGUCUUUAGGUCCAUUUGGAAAUUACCACACCUUCUCUUCAUCACUACAAACAGAUGUUUUUCCUUCAGGAUCUCAACUAUAUUUUUGUCCAACUGCUGCUGCUACAACAUUGUCAUCUCUAGUUCCUCCUUCAUAUAAUUCACAUCUCAAUCACUUCCAUCCGAAUUCGCUCGUGCCAACUCUUCAAUUAAUCAGUGCACCAGUGAACAAUAAUCCUACUAAAGGGCUUAACUUACAAGAAAGUGAUGAUCAUCAUCAUGACAACCAUAAAGAAGGAAGUGAUUCUUAAUUAGCAUGGAUAUAUCAGAAGAAAAUUCAGUGUGCCACAUGGAGGAAGCUGCUAUAUAUAUAUAUAUUUCUUGAAAUUUUAUGGCAGCAAGCAAAUUUCCAAGUAUGUAUAUAUGCUUUGGAAAGUCUGAAUAUUCUACAUGCACCUGAUUGUCCUGGAUACAGCAAAUAUAAACUUGCUAUACAAUAUUCUUGCUUCACAGAUAUACAGCAAUUAAUACAUGUAAGACAUGCAUUAUUCUAUCUCUUUUGUAUAUGUGUAUAAACUUUACCUAUUUAUUUUGCAGAAAACAAUAUUGAUGAUA